AUGGACAUCUCCCGUAUUCAGGCCCACGCUCAAAAUCUAAAAGAACAGCAACAGCCGCAGAGGGGUGAGCGCGAUGUUGAUAGAGGGCAGAGUAAGAGGGCCAGAUUUGCUAGUAGUGAGUACAGAGGGGGUCAGCAACAGUAUUCCAGAACAAAAAUAGUUCGAUUCCAAUUUUUGGGUGAGCCAAUGCUUGAGUGGAAGGGUAACACAACAUCUCUAAGAGCUGAUGGUAUUCGCGUGGAUGCUCAAAAGAUCGAGGCCGUGAAGACUUGGACAAGGCCUACAUCGCCAUCAGAAGUCCAUAGCUUCCUGGGAUUAGCAGGCUAUUAUAGAAGGUUUGUGGAAGGAUUUUGUUCUAUUUCAAAGACCAUUAACGAAGCUAACUUAGAAGUCAGCAAAGUUUCAGUGGACCGAUGCCUGCGAACGCAGUUUUCAGGAAUUGAAGGAUAG